AAUAGCGCGGACGUUGACAUAAACACACAGCAGAGCCGGUAGCUGGGACAGCUAGGUUACCAGCGCGUCGCCCCGUAGACUCCUGGGAGCUCCAGCCCACUCGGGAGUGCGCAGGCGCAGACGACUGAUCCUUGGCCCGGGGUGAGGCUGGAUUCUUCCCUUUUCCAUAAGAAGGGCUCAAAAGAGAAGGUUCAUCUCUUGCAAAUCUCAAAGCCAUGCCUCAGGAUGAACUAGAGUCUGCCCUUGCAGGGAUCAGUGUCAUUCAAGGAUGUGACUGUAGACUUCACCCAGGAGGAGUGGCAGCAGCUGGAUCCUGCUCAGAAGACCCUCUACAGGGAUGUCAUGUUGGAAAACUAUUGCCAUCUCAUCUCUGUUGGGUUUCACAUGACUAAGCCCGAUAUGAUCCGCAAGUUGGAACAAGGAGAAGAACUAUGGACAACAGAGAGAAUUUUUCCAAGUCAGAGCUACCUUGAAGAAGAUGGGAAAGCUGAAGAUGUUUUAGUGAAGUUCAAAGAAUACCAAGACAGGCAUUCUAGAUCAGUCAUAUUCAUCAACCACAAAAGACUAAUUAAGGAGAGAAGUAAUAUUUUUGGGAAAACUCUUACUAUAGGCAAGAACCGUAUUAUUUCAAAAACAGCACUAUGUGAAUAUAAGCCUGAUGGAAAGGUUUUAAAAAAUAUUUCAGAAUUAUUCAGUAGAAAUAUAAGCCCCGGAAGAGAGAAGUUUGGUGAGAGUAAUGGAUGGGAGAAAUCAUUCCUCAAUACUAAGAAUGAGAAAAUUCAUACUACAGUGAAUCUCUAUAAACAAACAGAAAGGAAUGUGAGUGGUAAACAAGAGCUUAUUCAACACCGGAAGGAUCAAACUCCAGAGCAAUCAUUAGAUCAUAAUGAAUGUGAAAAAUCCUUCCUUAUGAAAGGAAUGUUAUUUUCACAUACUAGGGCUCAUAGAGGAGAAAAACCCCUUGAAUAUAAUAAAGAUGGAAUAGCCUUAAUUGAAAAGUCAAAUCUCAGUGUCCAUUCACAAACUUUUAUUGAGAAGAAACCCCACACAUACAGCAAAUAUGGGAAGUUCCUCUGCAGGAAGUCCAUUUUUAUCAUGCAUCAGAGAUCCCAAACAGAAGAGAAACCCUUUCAGUGUCCUUAUUGUGGGAACAGCUUUAGAAGGAAGUCAUAUCUCAUUGAACAUCAACGAAUUCACACAGGUGAGAAGCCUUAUGUUUGCAAUCAAUGUGGAAAAGCCUUCCGCCAAAAGACAGCCCUCACUCUUCAUGAGAAAACACAUAUAGAGGGGAAACCCUACAUCUGUAUGGAUUGUGGGAAGUCCUUCCGCCAGAAGGCAACUCUCACUAGACAUCACAAAACACAUACAGGGGAGAAAGCCUAUGAAUGUACUCAGUGUGGAAGUGCUUUUAGAAAGAAAUCCUACCUCAUUGAUCAUCAGAGAACUCACACAGGAGAGAAACCAUAUCAAUGUAAUGAAUGUGGGAAGGCAUUUAUCCAGAAGACAACCCUCACUGUACAUCAGAGAACUCACACAGGAGAGAAACCCUAUAUUUGCAAUGAAUGUGGGAAGUCCUUCUGCCAAAAGACAACCCUCACUCUCCAUCAAAGAAUUCAUACAGGAGAAAAACCCUAUAUUUGUAAUGAAUGUGGGAAGUCCUUCCGCCAGAAGGCAAUCCUCACUGUUCAUCAGAGGAUACACACAGGAGAGAAAUCCAAUGGAUGUCCUCAGUGUGGGAAAGCCUUUAGUAGGAAAUCGAACCUCAUUCGCCACCAGAAAACUCACACAGGAGAGAAACCAUAUCAAUGUAAAGAAUGUGGGAAGUUCUUCAGUUGUAAGUCAAACCUCAUUGUACAUCAGAAAACUCACAAGGUAGAAACCAUGGGAAUUCAGUAGAGGAUACGACUUUUUUGGUUGAAACUUAAAUAGUAAGCUCUAUACAUGAUGCUGCUUGCAAGCAUAAUGGUAUAUAACACUUUAACUUACUAUACAACAUAUUUAUUUAAGGUACUAUACUCACAUAUUGUUUGUGAGCCUAUAAAACACAAAAAGAAUGACUAAUGACAAAAGUUAUUGAAAAUACAACCCUACAUUUUUUAUUAUUAGAUUCAGCAAGCAUAAACUUCCUCUGCCGAGUUGCUACAAACAUGUAAAAUAGCUUAUUUUCGAUUUUAGUACACAUAUUCUUGUGACCCCAUAAUAAACAGUUCUGGCAGUGGUCCAUGGACCAUACUGUGAGCAGAAGUGUUUUAAAAGAAAGGAAGUGUGAACUGUAUUUUUCAUCGCAAAUAUGAAGUAAAAAUUAGUUGUUACUUCCUCAAAUUUUACCAGAGUUCUGACUUCUAACAUUAUAAAUUGGGUUUUGCAUAUUAUGAGCCUUUAUAUAAAUUGGAUUAUACAUCAUGUAUUCUGUAUAUGGCUUGUUUCACUCCUCAUUAGGUCUCUAAAACUUAUCAUUAGUGCAUGUGGAGGAAGUUCAUUUAUUUCCAUUCUAUAUAGAAUUCCAUCACAUGAUUAAAUCACAAUUUAUCCAACUACUGCUGGUGGACUUUUCCAUUGUCUACAGCUUAGGAUUAUAAUAAAUAAUGCUUCUGUGAACAUA